UGUGUCAGGACUCUGUGCCUUUCACUGUGGGGAGAGAUUGAUGGAAAUGUCUGAUUAGUUUUUAGAAGCUGUGAGAAGAUCAAGGAACUUGGGACCUCAGUCCGAUUUCAGCUUUAUUUGGAGAACUAUCACAAAUAUUGUGACGUCAUUUGGAAACAAUAAUACCGGUAGAUAGAUAAAGAAGAGAGAUUUCCCCUACCUACAAAGUUAUUUCACCAAAUUUUAGGGCUUUGAAUAUAUUGGCUUCUUUUCUGAUGAUGAAGGAUAAGGCCAUCGCAGUUCUAUUUGUUUUGAUCCUGACGUGUACCUGUGUGUCUUCAAAGAAGAAUAGAAAGAACAAGCAACAUGUUCCUCAUAUUGAUUGCGACAUCAAAGCAGGGAAGAUAGCCAACCCAGAAUUCCUUGCGAAAUGCCCUCCUGGAUGCGACGAUGGGAAACACCGUGUGUAUGGCACUGACAUCUAUGCAUCGUUCUCCAGUAUUUGCUCUGCGGCCAUACAUAGUGGAACCAUUGACAAUUCUGGAGGAAAAAUCCUUGUUCGGAAAGUUGCUGGUCAGUCUGGUUACAAGGGGAGUUUUUCUAAUGGGAUUCGGUCUCUGUCUCUGCCGCGCUGGAAGGAAUCCUUUGUUGUUGCAGAAGGCAAAGGGAAAAAAGGAACUACAUACCCGUCAACUCUUGAAUUUGUAGAGGUCAAAAUAGAAACAGUGCAGAGAAUAGUGCAGACAACUACAGCAUCAACAACUCAAUCCACCACCACUCCUACCACCACCACCACCACCACAACUACCACAACUCCAGAACCAACAACUCCAGUGCCAACCACCACUCCAAGACCAACCACCGUUACUGUCGUUACCACAACUCCCACUACCACAGCAAGGACACGACCUCCAUUACUACGAGCUAGAGACGCAGGUUCAAGUAGCAUUCAUCCAGCUUACAGAUCUGUUGUAGCCGCAUCAUCAAGACAAGUACAAGCUGUUCAAGGAAGAGGGCAAAAUCAAGCUUACAGGUCUCCGUCAACUUAUGCCACCAAUCGGAACAUUCCUCGGGUUAAUGCCGCUCCUCCACGCCAGGAUCCUGCAGUGUCCUUGCGCAAGCCUAUUGGAAACCUCCAGCCAUCUGGUGGAAUCGGCUACAGUAGAAUCCAGCAGAUCUUAGCCGAGAAGGGAGCAGCCCAACCUAAUGCAAAUUUACCACGACGUGACUGGCAAAAUCCUAGCCAACGAGUAAACAUCCAAACAGUGCAACGCAAACCUGCAGUGCCUGAGAGCAGCAAUAUGGCUCAUGUUGCUCCCCCUGUUGCACCCAACCCGUAUGUAGACACACAUAAUACACAAGUUUCCAGCUCCAGUUCCAGCCUGUAUGACAGGUGGCUUUCCGGCUUUUCACAAAGCAAUUCCAGGAACAGUGAAACUGAUGCAAAUUGGAAGGUAAUUCAAGCCACACCUGAACCAAAGAUUAAAAAUGUGGAUGUGCAAUUGUGGAAAGGAUUUUCUGAAACAGCCAUCAGCCCAAAAGAAGAUAUCAACAUUAAGCCUGUGGAUACAGUAGCACUUGGAGGCAUAAAUUGCAACAUUGAUCUGGUUUUCCUCAUGGAUGGGAGCUGGAGUAUUGGCAAAAGACGUUUUAGGAUCCAGAAGUUAUUCCUGAACCAGAUGGCUGAAGCUCUAGAUGUUAGUCUUUCUGGUCCUCUCAUGGGAAUUGUUCAGUAUGGAGAUGAUCCUACUACAGAAUUUGGCCUUCGUUCUUACUUUAAUUCAGGAGAUCUGAAAACCGCUAUUGAUAAAAUUUCACAAAAAGGAGGACAUUCUAACGUUGGGAAAGCACUCUCGUACGUGACCAAGAACUAUUUUUUGGACUCCAGUGGGAAUAGAGGUCGUGCUCCAAAUGUAGCAGUUGUACUGGUGGACGGAUGGCCCACAGACAAAGUUGAAGAAGCAUCUCGCAUGGCUCGGGAAUCAGGAAUUAACAUUUUCUUUGUUACCAUUGAGGGUGCCGAUGAUAAUGAGAGGUCAAGUGUUGUUGAACCCAAUUUUGUUGAUAAGUCUGUUUGCAGAACCAAUGGACAUUUUUCCAUGAAUGUGCCAAGUUGGUUUGGCCUCCACAAGAUUGUCAACCCUCUGGUCAGCCGUAUGUGUGAAACCGACAAACUCGUUUGCAGUAAGACCUGCCUCAAUGCUGCUGAUAUCGCCUUUGUCAUUGAUGGCUCCAGCAGCGUCGGCACAGGAAACUUCCGCACUGUGCUUCAGUUCAUUGCAAACAUCAGUAGCGAGUUUGAGAUCUCAGACACAGACACAAGAAUCGGAGCUGUUCAGUAUACAUAUGAGCAAAGAUUGGAAUUUGGAUUUGACAAGUACAACACUAAACAAGAUGUGGUUAAUGCUAUCAUGAGGAUAAACUAUUGGAGUGGAGGAACAAGCACUGGAGCUGCUAUUACCUAUGCCUCCGAACAGCUGUUCAGCAAAUCAAAAGUGAAUAAGAGGAAGAUAUUGAUUGUAAUCACUGAUGGCCGGUCAUAUGAUGAUGUGCGCACUCCAGCCGCUGCUGCUCAUCGGAAUGGGGUGAUCGCCUACGCUGUUGGAAUUGCCUGGGCUGCCCAAGAUGAGCUAGAAGCCAUUGCCACAGAUCCAGACAAGGACCAUUCAUUUUUCGUGGAUGAAUUUGACAAUCUCUACAAGUUUGUUGGGAAGAUCAUCCAGAACAUUUGUACAGAGUAUAACUCUCAACCACGAAACUAAAAGAGCAGGGACAUUUACCAACUGCUUGCAUCGAAUGAUUUCUGGCAAUACAUAACAAAACAGACAGCUAUGUUGAAUUAAGCACAAAUAUGCUUGUGGUUUGCUAUAUUCCAGACUACAUUUUCUUUUCAAAUGUGUGUUGCAGCCUCCAAAUGCACUGAAGGUGUUAAAAGAAAGACUGUAAUGCGCCAGCGGAGUGGUGGUCGGUAUACUUAACGUGUUUGUAUAGCGUGGCAAUUUCAAACUCCCUUAGCACUUCUGCUCCCACAGACGUUUGUGGACAAUCCGUCGUUUUGGAUCUGUGCUGAAAUAUGCUGCAGCCCCCUUGUACGAGGUUUUAAAAUGUUUUUAGAAUUGUUAGAUGACAGAGAUCUUGUAAUGACAUACAGUGUACAUUAUAGUAGCACACGUGCCAUGUCCACCAAUUCUGCAAACCCUUAGGACGAUUGGUUACUUGGUAUAUUGUGCAGAUGUGCCCUUUCUUGGGCAAAUCAUGCAUGGAUUCUUUAAUAUAUUUACAGAUUUUUAAACAAAGUCUAAAGUAAAAGAGUAGUACAUAAUGACAUUAUUUGAAAGUGCCUUGGCCCACGUAUCAAGUAAAGUCACUAUUUACAGUGGAUUCAUAGUGUUAUUGAGGCAGUGGUGAUAUACUAUUAAUAUCAGGGGUGCUUUCUCGUUCAGCUUCUUGGUUUGUGUUCAGUGGGAGACUCAGCUUGGCCAACUCUCCAAUUUCUUGAGCUGGGUCUGCCUUGGCUUGGGUGCAGCUCUGCCCAUGAAUUGUUAGCUUUAUUCUAUAUGAUCUUGGUUUAAUCAGAUAAAAAUGCAUCUCAAACGUUAAAAACUUUGAACUGUAUCCCUGGGACACUGGUCCCCACUUGCUGUGUUACACAACAUUAAUUGUGUGACAUCAUCGCUGUUCUUCAGGCCAGAGCAGUGAUGGAUAAUGUGUGUUCUUCAAAUGUUACUCCUGCAGGUUUAUUCUUCAUAAUUACCAACUUGGCAUGACCCAACAGAAAAUGAGCAUUAAGGAUUCAUUAUACAGAAAUUUAAUGUAAGGGCCUUUAAUAAAUGCUGCUAUUAAUACUCCUAUACAUCUCUCUCUCUCUGUAUCAAGUUUCAUUUACCCUGAUGAAGGCCUCUGUUUUUUGUGGACGGAUAAAAGUAAAGUUAUAGGUAUUCAAUAAAUCUUUUUUUUUUUUAAAUGUAUGAGGCAGUUCUCUAUUAUUAACCUUUAAUUCCAUUUUUGUGUGUUUUCCUUUUUAGAAUAGCCCAGAAUAUCGGUAUUCUAAAUUAGAACAUGAUGCAGCCAGUGAGCUUUUGUAAGCUUUAUGCUAAAAUGUACUGCGUAAUGAGAACCAUCACAUGUGCUUUAUAAAGUUUAAUGCAUAAAAAAAUAAUAAUAA